UGAAGAUACCCUUCUACUUCUCUACCUUAUCACAAGAAACGAAUGAUUCACAUUCUCUAAACACUUAACACAACACAACACCCCCUCUUCUAUAUUAUACACCCCCUCUAUCUUCUUCUACUCUACCACUAGAUAACACAUACAAACUCACUCCAUUUUCAGCUUAAUUGUGAAUUUUUUUUCUUCUUGAUUUCUUCGAAUUGUGCUAAAACAAAAAAUAAAGUACUUCUUUCUUCUUUUUUAUUUUUUAUUUUUGUAGUAAGUAGUACUAUACAGUAUGGCUUCAGAUGAAGACUUUGAAGAUAUUAUAGAUGAUGGAUUUGAUCAUAAUCAUAAUCCUAAUCCUAAUCAUCAUCUUCAACAUCACCAAAACUUGUCAAGACUUUCAGUUUGUACAAGCAGCACUUUAUGUGAUGAUAUUGAUAAUCUAACUUCCAUGUGUAUCUCACACUUGUCCAUUGAAAGUAUGGAAGGUGAAGAUGCAGAUGCUGAAUUCUCAGAUGGAAAAGACUUAUUAUUACAAACAGGGUUAUCCUCUGCUUCUGAAAAUGACUCCGGUAGUUGUUAUUCGUUACCGGCGACACCACCACGACGAAGGAACAGGACUCAAAUAUCGCCGAUUGUAGUGAAAGAGUAUGCAAGUGAGAAUGAAGCAAAAAAGGAAACAAAAAAGAGCAAUGAUUUGGGGAGGAGGAGGAGAAGAAGGAGUACUAGAAGUGUGUUUGAGUUUGAAAGAGGAAAUAGUUUGGAGAAUAUAUGGGAUCAAAAGAAGAUGAAGAAGAAGAAAGAGGAAGAGCAUGGAGUGAAUAGUGGGGAGAGUGAUCAGAGUGGUGGAACAGGUGUAAUGGUGAUAACUAGACCUAAAGGUGGGAAUAGAAGUUUGUGUAUGGAUUUGGAAGAAGUUAAAGCUUGUAGAGAUCUUGGAUUUGAGUUGGAACAUGAGAGAAUUUCUGCAGUUUCUUUUUCUAAUUCAACAAUUGAUACUAGUAGUGGUGGUAAUUCGCCUAUCGCCAAUUGGCGUAUCUCUGGUCCCGGGGAUGAUCCAAGAGAUGUGAAGGCAAGACUGAAAGUUUGGGCACAGGCGGUAGCAAUAGCAUCUGCCUCCAAAUACGGCUCAUGACACCUAAUUUUUGUUGUUAGCUAAUACCUACUUCCUUAUUUUCGCGAAUCAGACACUGUACAUUAUUAUACUUAUCUAUAACUUUUUCUUUACACUAUACACUCAAUUAUUUUGUAUAUUUAGAGCUUUUGUCAUAAAAUUUCCCCCGAGAGUGUUGGAUUUUGUUGUCACUUUUCCUCUGUACAGUAUAUGUGCUUUAAUAAGAUUAAAAAGUUGUGAUACACAGGAACAAGAGAAAAGUAAUGUGAAUGGCCAAUGAAAGUUUAUGGUAGAAAUGUUAAGAAGGCCAAAGAACAACCUGAAGUAAAUAUUAAUGGGAUGGGAACAUGCGGAAGUUCGGAUACUGAGUUUUUUG